AUGGUCAUUGAAGAGGUCAACAGCAUUCAGGAGAACCUGGACAUAGAGAGGACAUGCAGACAGAGUGUGGAAGCCCUGGCCUCCAAGGUGGGUCAGCCUAACGAGCAAUGAAGGAAUUAGCUCAUUGUAUGCUCCCAAUUCUUCCCGUGAAACAAAUAUUGCUCCUAAUUUCUAUGUAGACACCAUAAAUCUUUGUGCAAAAAAAUUUCUGUCCAAAAAUUGGUCCUGUAAUCCAGGGCACAGUUAUUUUGUGAAAUGCUUGCCAAAUGUUUAGGUCUGAUUCAGAGUGGGCAGAGUGAUUUCUCAGCCCGCUGAUGCUGGACUCAUCACUCUAAUCAUUACCCACACAAUUCUUUGGACAGAAGACUUCUGUUUCCACCUGGCAGUUCUGCCAGGGGUGGGAGAGAGCUUCUGUACAAUACCUCCUCCUCCUCCUCCUCCUCCUCCUCCUCCUCCUCCUCCUCCUCCUCCUCCUCCUCCCAACAAUCCAGUCCCAGCCAGGCAUGGUGGGCUACAUGCAGCUGUGCUUUCUACACAUAUGAAUGUUUUUGCUAUAAUAUUGUUUAUAAAAAAAUUAUGUUCUGGGAAAAACUCUGAUGGUGAUCAUUGCAUAAGGAUUAGUUGAUGUUAUUACAGUUGCUAUUGGGCAUCCAUAUGGCCAUCUAUGUAUAUGCAUAUUUUAUAACAUUUGAAAUGCUAUUUGAUUACAGUUUAUUAUUUUUUUGCUUUGGUGCAAUUUUCACAAGUACAGUAUGUGAUACAUUUUCACAACUCCUAGUACAAAACUCAAAACAGUUGUUUCAAAACUCUAAGCACAUUUUCAAUUGACUAAGUACAACACACAAAAUCAUACAGUCACUUUUUCACCAAACUUAAUCAGUGUUUCACAUUGCAAUACAUGUUCACAUAAAGUAAUUGCCUUGCACAAUGCAAUGAUCACAUUACUUUUGAUAUAAUGAUCUUCUCUUUUGUUCAAAUACAUUUUACUAUUACUUAAUCAGCGUGCUCUUAAUUGAUGAUCACAUAAACGUUUGGUAAACCUAUAGAUUUGACAUGUAUACUGGUUUGUCUACUAUAGAUUUUGACAACUACAUAAUGAAAAUGUAUAUCUGUAAAGUAUAAACAUAAAAAGUAUGAUACACUACAUUACCAAAAGUAUGUGGACACUUGCUUGUCGAACAUCUCAUUCCAAAACCAUGGGCAUUAAUAUGGAGUUGGUCCUCCCUUUGCUGCUAUAACAGCCUCCACUCUUCUGGGUAGGCUUUCCACUAGAUGUUGGAACAUUGCUGUGGGGGUUUGCUUCUAUUCAGCCACAAGAGCCUUAGUGAGGUCGGGAAUUGAUUUUGGGGCGAUUAGACCUGGCUCGCAGUCGGCAUUCCAAUUCAUCCCAAAGGUGUUAGAUGGAGUUGAGGUCAGGGCUCUGUGCAGGCCAGUCAAGUUCUUCCACACCGAUCUUGACAAACCAUUUCUGUAUGGACCUCGCUUUGUGCACAGAGGCAUUGUCAUGCUGAAACAGGAAAGGGCCUUCCCCAAACUGUUGCCUCAAAGUUGGAAGCACAGAAUCGUAUAGAUUGUCAUUGCAUGCUGUAGUGUUAAGAUUUCUCUUCACUAGAACUAAGGGGCCUAGCCCGAACCAUGAAAAACAGCCCCAGACCAUUAUUCCUCCUCCACCAAACUUUACAGUUGGCACUAUGCAUUCGGGCAGGUAGCGUUCUCCUGGCAUCCGCCAUACCCAGAUUUGUCCGUCGGACUGCCAAAUGGUGAAGCGUGAUUCAUCACUCCAGAGAACGCGUUUCCACUGCUCCAGAGUCCAAUGGUGGCGAGCUUUACACCCCUCCAGCCAACGCUUGGCAUUGCGCAUGGUGAUCUUAGGCUUGUGUGCGGCUCCCAACGAACAGUUCUUGUACUGACAUUGCUUCCAGAGGCAGUUUGGAACUCGGUAGUGAGUGUUGCAACCGAGGACAGACGAUUUUUACUCGGUGGUCCCGUUCUGUGAGCUUCUGUGGCCUACCACUUCGCGGCUGAGCCGUUGUUGCUCCUAAACAUUUCCACUUCACAAUAACAGCACUUACAGUUGACUGGGGCAGCUCUAGUAGGGCAGAAAUUUGACGAACUGACUUGUUGGAAAGGUGGCAUCCUAUGACGGUGCCACGUUGAAAGUCACUGAGCUGUUCAGUAAGGCCAUUCUACUGCCAAUGUUUGUCUAUGGAGAUUGCAUGGCGGCGUGCUCGAUUUAUACACCUGUCAGCAACAGGUGUGGCUGAAAUAGCCGAAUCCACUAAUUUGAAGGGAUGUCCACAUACUUUUGUACUGUAUACAGUGCAUUCGGAAAGUAUUCAGAUCCCUUGACUUUUUCCACAUUUUGUUACGUUACAGCUUUAUUCUAAAAUUGAUUAAAUUGUUUUUUUCCCCUCAUCAAUCUACACACAAUACCCCAUAAUGACAAAGCAAAAACAGGUUUUUAUACAUUUUUGCAAAUGUAUAAAAAAUGAAAUAUGGAAAUAUUACAUUUACAUAAGUGUUCAGACCCUUAACUCAGUACUUUGUUGAAGCACCUUUGGCAGCGAUUACAGCCUUGAGUCUUCUUGGGUAUGACACUACAAGCUUGGCACACCUGUAUUUGGGGAGUUUCUCCCAUUCUUCUCUGCAGAUCCUCUCAAGCUCUGUCAGGUUGGAUGGGGAGCGUCGCUGCACAGCUAUUUUCAAGUUUCUCCAGAGAUGUUCGAUCAGUUUCAAGUCCAGGCUCUGGCUGGGCCACUCAAAAACAUUCAGAGACUUGUCCCAAAGCCACUCCUGCGUUGUCCUGGCUGUGUGCUUAGGGUUGUUGUCCUGUUGGAAGGUGAACCUUCGCCCGAGUCUGAGGUCCUGAGGGCUCUGGAGCAGGUUUUCAUCAAGGAUCUCUCUGUACUUUGCUCCAUUCAUCUUUCCCUCAAUCCUGACUAGUCUCAAAUCAAAUCAAAUCAAAUUGUAUUGGUCACAUGCGCUGAAUACAACAGGUGUAAACCUUACAGUGAAAUGCUUACUUACAAGCCCUUAACCAACAAUGCCGUUUUAAGAAGAAGAAAAUAAGAGCAGCAGUAACAAUAACAAUAGCAAGGCUAUAUACAGGGGGUACCGGUACCGAGUUAAUGUGCGGGGCCACCGGUCUGUCGAGGUAAUUGGGGUAAUAUGUACAUGUAGGUAGAAUUAUUAAAUUGACUAUGCAUAGAUAAUAAACAGAGAGUAGCAGCAGCGUAAAAGAGGGGUGAGGGGGCAAUGCAAAUAGUCUGGGUAUUUCAUUAGAUGUUCAGGAGUCUUAUGGCUUGGGGGUAGAAGCUGUUUAGAAGCCUCUUGGACCUAGACUUGGCGCUCCGGUACCGCUUGCCGUGCGGUAGCAGAGAGAACAGUCUAUGACUAGGGUGGCUGGUGUCUUUGACAAUUUGUAGGGCCUUCCUCUGACACCACCUGGUAUAGAGGUCCUGGAUGGCAGGAUGCUUGGUCCCAGUGAUGUACUGGGCCGUAUGCACUACCCUCUGUAGUGCCUUGCGGUCGGAGGGCGAGCAGUUGCCAUACCAGGCAGUGAUGCAACCAGUCAGUAUGCUCUCGAUGGUGCAGCUGUAGAAACUUUUGAGGAUCUGAGGACCCAUGCCAAAUCUUUUCAGUCUCCUUAGGGGGAAUAGGUUUUGCCGUGCCGUCUUCACGACUGUCUUGGUGUGCUUGGACCAUGUUAGUUUGUUGGUGAUGUGGACACCAAGGAACUUGAAGCUCUCAACCUGCUCCACUACAGCUCCGUCGAUGAGAAUGGGGGCGUGCUCGGUCCUCUUCUUUGUUCUGUAGUCCACAAUCAUCUCCUUUGUCUUGGUCACGCUGAGGGAGAGGUUGUUGUCCUGGCACCACACGGCCAGGUCUCUGACCUCCUCCCUAUAGGCUGUCUCGUCGUUGUCGGUGAUCAGGCCUACCAUUGUUGUGUCAUCGGCAAACUUAAUGAUGGUGUUGGAGUCGUGCCUGGCCAUGCAGUCAUAAGUGAACAGUGAGUACAGGAUGGGUCUGAGCACGCACCCCUGAGGGGCCCUCGUGUUAAGGAUCAGCGUGGUGGAUGUGUUGUUACCUACCCUUACCACCUGGGGGUGGCCCGUCAGGAAGUCCAGGAUCCAGUUGCAGAGGGAGGUGUUUAGUCCCAGGGUCCUUAGCUUAGUGAUGAGCUUUGAGGGCACUAUGGUGUUGAACGCUGAGCUGUAGUCAAUGAAUAGCUUUCUCACAUAGGUGUUCCUUUUGUCCAGGUGUGAAAGGGCAGUGUGGAGCGCAAUAGAUCUGUGGAUCUGUGGAUCUGUUGCUGCGAUUUGCAAAUUGGAGUGGGUCUAGGGUUUCUGGGAUAAUGGUGUUGAUGUGAGCCAUGACCAGCCUUUCAAACACUUCAUUGCUACAGACAUGAGUGCUACGGGUCGGUAGUCAUUUAGGCAGGUUAGUGUUCUUGGGCACAGGGACUAUGGUGGUCUGCUUGAAACAUAUUGGUAUUACAGACUCAGACAGGGAGAAAAUGUCAGUGAAGACACUUUCCAGUUGGUCAACGCAUGUUCGGAGUACACGUCCUGGUAAUCCGUCUUGCCCUGCACCCUUGUGAAUGUUGACCUGUUUAAAGGUCUUACUCACAUCGGCUACGAAGAGCGUGAUCACACAGUCAUCCGGAACAGCUGAUGCUCUCAUGCAUGUUUCAGUGUUACUUGCCUCAAAGCGAGCAUAGACGUAAUUAGCUCAUCUGGGAGGGUCGUGUUGCUGGACAGCUUCCCUUUGUAGUCUGUAAUAGUUUGUAAGCCCUGCUACAUCCAGCGAGCGUCGGAGCCGGUGUAGUACGAUUAGAUCUUAGUCCUGUAUUGACGCUUUGCCUGUUUGAUGGUUCGUCGGAGGGCAUAGCGGGAUUUCUUAUAAGCUUCCGGGUUAGAGUCCCGCUCCUUGAAAGCGGCAGCUCUACCCUUUAGCUCAGUGCAGAUGUUGCCUGUAAUCCAUGGCUUCUGGUUGGGGUAUGUACGUACAGUCACUGUGGGGACGACGUCAUCGAUGCACUUAUUAACUAUACCUCAGCAUUCAAAACCAUAGUACCCUCCAAGCUCAUCAUUAAGCUCGAGGCCCUGGGUCUGAACCCCGCCCUGUGCAACUGGAUCCUAGACUUCCUGACAGGCCGCCCCCGGGUGGUGAAGGUAGGAAACAACAUCUCCACUUUGCUGAUCCUCAACACUGGGGCCCCACAAGGGUGCGUGCUCAGCCCCCUCCUGUACUCCCUGUUCACCCAAGAAUGUGUGGCCAAGCACACCUCCAACUCAAUCAUCAAGUUUGCAGACGACACAACAGUAGUAGACUUGAUUACCAACAAUGACGAGACCGUCUACAGGGAGGAGGUGAGGGCUCUGGGAGUGUGGUGCCAUGAAAAUAACCUCUCACUCAACAUCAACAAAACAAAGGAGAUGAUUGUGGACUUCAGGAAACAGCAGAGGGUGCACCCCCCUAUCCACAUCGACGGGACCGCAGUGGAGAAGGUGGAAAGCUUCAGGUUCCUUGGCGUACACAUCACCGACAAACUGAAAUGGUCCACCCACACAGACAGUGUGGUGAAGAAGGCGCAACAGAGCCUCUUCAACCUCAGGAGGCUGAAUAAAUUUGGCUUAGCACCUAAAACCCUCACAAACAUUUACAGAUGCACAAUUGAGAGCAUCCUGUCGGGCUGUACCACCGCCUGGUACGGCAACUGCACCACCCACAACCGCAGGGCUCUCCAGAGGGUGGUUCGGUCUGCCGAACGCAUUACCGGGGGCAAAUUACCCGCCCUCCAAGAUACAUACAGCACCUGAUGUCACAGGAAGGCCAAAAAGAUCAUCAAGGACAUCAACCACCCGAGCCACUGCCUGUUCACCCCGCUAUCAUCCAGAAGGCGAGGUCAGUACAGGUGCAUCAAAGCUGGGACCGAGAGAAUGAAAAACAGCUUCUAUCUCAAGGCCAUCAGACUGUUAAAUAGCCAUCACUAGCACAUUAGAGGCUGCUUCUGCCUAUUGAAAUCACUGUCCACUUUAAGAAAUGGAACACUAGUCACUUUAAUAAUGUUUACAUAUCUAGGACUACUCAUCUCAUAUGUAUAUACUGCAUUCUAUUCUAUAACAUUCUACUGUAUCUUAGUCCAUGCCGCUCUGUCAUUGCUUAUCCAUAUAUGUAUAUAUUCUUAAAUCCCAUUCCUUACUAGUUUUGUGUGUUUUGGGUAUAUGUUGUGAAAUUGUUAGCUAUUACUUGUUAGAUAUUACUGCACUGUCGGAGCUAGAAGCACAAGCAUUUCGCUACACCCGCUAUAACAUCUGCUAAACACGUGUAUGUGACAAAUACAAUUUGAUUUGAUUUGAUUUGAAGCCAGUAACUGAUGUGGUGUACUCCUCAAUGCCAUCGGAAGAAUCCCGGAACAUAUUCCAGUCUGUGCUAGCAAAACAGUCUUGUAGCUUAGCAUCUGCUUCAUCUGACCACUUUUUUAUUGACCGAGUCACUGGUGCUACCUGCUUUAGUUUUUGCUUGUAAGCAGGAGGAUAGAAUUAUGGUCAGAUCCAAAUGGAGGGCGAGGAAGAGCUUUGUACGCGUCUCUGUGUGUGGAUUAAAGGUGGUCUAGAGUUUUUUUCCCUUCUGCUUUCACAUUUAACAUGCUGGUAGAAAUGAGGGAAAACGGAUUUAAGUUUCCCUGCAUUAAAUUCCCCGGCCACUAGGCGUGCCACCUCUGGAUGAGCGUUUUCCUGUUUGCUUAUGGCCGUAUACAGUUCAUUGAGUGUGGUCUUAGUGCCAGCAUCGGUGGUAAAUAGACAUCUACAAAGAAUAUAGAUGAAAACUCUCUUGGUAGAUAGUGUGGUCUACAGCUUAUCAUGAGAUACUCUACCUCAGGCGAGCAAAACCUUGAGACUUCCUUAGAUAUCGUGCACCAGCUGUUGUUUACAAAUAUACAUAGACCGCCACCCCUUGUUUUACCAGAGGCUGCUGUUCUAUCCUGCCGAUACAGUGUAAAACCCGCCAGCUGUAUGUUAUUCAUGUCAUCGUUCAGCCACGACUCGGUGAAACAUAAGAUAUUACCGUUUUUAAUGUCCCGUUGGUAGGAUAUUCGUGCCUGUAGUUCGUCCACUUUAUUAUCAAGCGAUUGUAAGUUGGCCAAUAGUAUCGAUGGCAAAGGCAGAUUAGCCACUCGUCGCGGGCUCCUAACCAAGCACCCCGAUCUCCUACCGCGAUAUCUCAUUUUCUUUCUACUGUGAAUGACGGGAAUGAGGGUCCUGUCGGGUGUCUGGAGAAAAUCCCUCUCGUCCGACUCAUAAAAUAAAAAAAUGUCAUCCAGUUCAAGGUGAGUAAUUGCUGUUCUGAUGUCCAGAAGCUCUUUUCGGUCAUAAGAGACGGUAGCAGCAACAUUAUGUACAAAAUAAGUUACAGACAAUGCGAAAAAACACACAAAAUAGCACGAUUGGUUAAGAGUCUAUAAAACGGCAGCCAUCCCCUCCGGCGCCAUCAUUGCACUCCAGCGCCAUCAUCCCAGUCCCUGCCGCUGAAAAACAUCCCCACAGCAUGAUGCUACCACCACCAUGCUUUACUGUAGGGAUGGUGCCAGGUUCCCUCCAGACGUGACGCUUGGCAUUCAGACCAAAGAGUUCAAUCUUGAUUUCAUCAGACCAGAGAAUCUUGUUUCUCAUGGACUGAGUCUUUUAGAUGCCUUUUGGCAAACUCCAAGCGGGCUGUCAUGUGCCUUUUACUGAGGAGUGGCUUCCGUCUGGCCACUCUACCAUAAAGGCCUGAUUGGUGGAGUACUGCAGAGAUGGUUGUCCUUCUGGAAGGUUCUCCCAUCUCCACAGAGGAACUCUGGAGCUCUGUCAGAGUGACCAUCAGGUUUUUGGUCACCUCCCUGACCAAGGCCCUCCUCCCCCGAUUGCUCAGUUUGGCCGGGCGGCCAGCUCUAGGAAGAUUCUUGGUGGUUCCAAACAUCUUCCAUUUAAGAAUGAUGGAGGCCGCUGUGUUCUUGGGCACCUUCAAUGCUGCAGACAUGUUUUGGUACCCUUCCCCAGAUCUAUUCCUCGACGCAAUCCUGUCUCGGAGCUCUAGGGGACAAUUCCUUCGACCUCAUGGCUUGUUUUUUGCUCUGACAUGCAAUGUCAACUGUUGGACCUUAUAUAGACAGGUGUUUGCCUUUCCAAAUAUUGUCCAAUCAAUUGAAUUUACCACAGGUGGACUCCAAUCAAGUUGAAUAAACAUCUUAAGGAUUAUGAAUGGAAACAGGAUGCACCUGAGCUCAAUAUCGAGUCUCAUAGCAAAGGGUCUGAAUACUUAUGUAAAUAAGGUAUUUCUGUUUUUUAUUUUUAAUACAUUUGCAAAAAAAUCUAAAAAUCUUCUUUUGCUUUGUCAUUAUGGGGUAUUGUGUGUAGAUUGAUGAGGCAAAACAUUAUUUAAUCAAUUUUAGAGUAAGACUGUAAAGUAACAAAAUGUGGAAAAAGUCAAGGGGUCUGAAUACUUUCUGAAGGCACUGUAUAUAGUGUAUAUACUCAAAUGUACUACUAUGAUGAUGACUAUUAUGGUUUUACUUCACAGUAAGUUUUUUAACAUGUUAUAUUGCCAUGAUCAGAGUGCCUUCAGGAAGUAUUCAUACCCCUUGACUUAUUCCACAUUUUGUUGGGCUAGUGACUGAAUUCAAAAUGGAUUACAUUUAUUUUGUUUCUCACCCAUCUACACACAAUAGCCCAUAAUGACAAAGUAAAAACAUGUUUGUAGAACAUUUUGCAAAUUUAUUGAAAAUUAAAUACAGAUAUCUAAUUUACAUAAGUAUUCACACCCCUGAGUCAGUACAUGUUAGAAUCACCUUUGGCAGUGAUUACAGCUGUGAGUCUUUCUGGGUAAUUCUGUAAGAGGUUUGCACACCUGGAUUGCGCAAUAUUUGCCCAUUAUUCUUUUCAAAAUUCUUCAAGCUCUGUCCAAUUGGUUGUUGAUCAUUGCUAGACAACCAUUUUCAAGUGUUGCCAUAGAUUUUCAAGCAGAUUUAAGUCAAAACUGUAACUCGGCUACUCAGGAACAUUCACUGUCUCUUGGUAAGAAACUCCAGUGUUGAUUUGGCCUUGUGUUUUAGGUUAUUGUCCUGCUGAAAGGACAUGUCCCAGUGUCUGGUAGAAAGCAGAAUGAACCAGGUUUUCCUCUAGGAUUUUACCUGUGCUUAGCUCCAUUCCAUUUCUUUUUUAUCCUGAAAAGCUCCCCUGUCUUUAACGAUUACAAGCAGACCCAUAGCAUGAUGCAGCCACCACUCUGCUUGAAAAUACGGAGAGUGGUACUGAGUAAUUUACAUUUUAGUAAUUUAGCAGUGCAAUGAUUUCAAUCCAGACCUAUGUCAGGCUUGGAAUCGCAAUGCCAAAAAGUUUUUCCCAAGGUGCAUGAACAAUGAGGAUAUUUACUGCGAUUUCAAUGAGAACCUAUGCCCAAACGCUCAAGACAGGUUUGAUGCAAACUAGUGCUGCUAAACAUAAUGUUUCUUUCAUUUCUUUCAUUUGAUUACAUUGUGAAAGAUGUCUUCAAUGAUCACACCUUUGAUCACACAUGGGAUAGAGAUUAUGGUAAUGUGAUUUUUAGUACAUUUUAAUGGGUAGUGCUAGUGUGUUGCCUAAUGUGAAAACAGUGUAAUAUACUGUAAUUUACGGUAUUGUGGCAUACUACAUUCAAAGGGCAAUUUUGAAACAUUACAUUUACAUUUAAGUCAUUUAGCAGACGCUCUUAUCCAGAGCGACUUACAAAUGUAUCUUACAUUUUUUGCUAUUGGAUUAGCUGGUUGUUAAAAUAACUAAAUUGAGAAGAUAUCAAUAUGUUAUGUUUUGGUGAUUAAACUAAUGUACUCAUUAUACAGUAUUUCACAGUAAACUUCUAUUUUGGAUAAAUGAUUGUGUGGUGAAAGAUGUCUACAACCAAAAUGAAUGCACAAUGAAAGGCUUAGAAUGUAAGACUUGCUGCAGUGCAAUUGUUACCAGUUUGGAGUUUUGUACUAAGAGUUUAGAAAAUUCACCACAUACUUGUGAAAAUAGUAAAGAAUGUAGAACACAUGAUAACAAAUUAAUUGUUGUCGACGACAACCACCUGGAAAUAUUGUACUGUUGUCCGGGGGGAAAAGUGUUAAUGUCGCUUCCCUUUUUCUUGUAUUUGCGCAUUACUUUUGUGAAGUAACUAGAACACACUGUAAAACUUUUCCCUGUAAAUGUACAGCAUUAUACUGGCAGCUUAAGACACUAAUAUGAUGCAUCACGGCUGUUUCCCAACAAGUAAACAAUGGAAUCAGGCCGUUGCCCUAAUAUCAGUCAAGGUGGCUGUGUCAUUGGAAGAGGAAGUGUAAACUCUAACAUAGCCUAUUAGCUAGAAAGAUAACUUCAAACACAUUUUUGCUAAGAGUAGGUGUUCAACUGGUUAAACAAAGGUUAGCCAUGUGUUGGCAAAAAUGUCCAAGUCAAGAAAACUUACCAGCACUGGCCUCACUGGUAGCCUGUUCGCGGGUGUGUAAGUGUAAUUGGCUCCAAUUAAUGUCAUUUGCUCAAUAUUAGGUGUUAAGAAAAGAAGUUCACAUCAUUAGAAAUAAGAUAUUCUUCAGUUUUCUACUGUAGGUAUGUAAUAUUUUUGUAAUUUAUUCUGUAGUUGCUAGCGAUAUUCAUAACAAAAUUUAACAAAAAAUAAAAAAAGUAUUCUUCAAUAUUUUCAAUGACCCCUUGCAGGACCCGCAGUUGAAUACCCCUGACCUAGACAGUAUUUCCGAUAUGACUACAGCAGGGCGAGGUGUGAACAAUACGAGGAGGAUGUGUGAGGUGGUACACAUGUUAAUGGAAUACAAUGAGAUCCAACUAAUUCGUUAUUUUUGCAAUAAGGCAUUAGGAUAGUGUGUGGUAAAAAAAAAUCAUAAAUGCAAUAAUAGAAAAUGUAUUAAAUGUGUUUGAAUCCAACAAGUGUCAUUAUGAAGAUGACACAAAAUAUUUUGGGUGGUCUCACGUAAAAUUACAUUUUCUUGAGCCCAACGCUGGUAAUUUUGCCUGCCAACAGCACACAAGGAAAGCCGGAGAAAAACAAGUUCCAUAAAAAUCUUAAACUCUCCAACAUUUUAAAGUAAAAAGCAAUAAUAGCGGGAGCCUGCUAUUUGUCACCAGUCAAAUCAGAUGUUUUGUGUUGAUGUUUGAUCAAAGAAGAUGAGGGGGCUGUGACUUUGUAAUGGUGACCUCUGAAGCGCCGCGGAUAGCCUUCCUGCGAGCCGGCCUGAUUUCUCUGAGUAUGUAAUUUCAUACAUUCGCUCUCAUCAAUAGUAGAGUAUUAUCAAAGACUGUGAUUCUGUGUUAUGUAUUGUUGAUUGCAUUUUUAAAAGAUGCACUUUAAAGGGCAUCAUCAGAAAAUGGAAUUGCUGCAAUCUGCCCUGACUAGGAUGUCAUUAAUAAAUGCCUCUUAUAGCUCUGCUUUUUUCUUCUUGCCACACUUUCCGUCUGAAAUCACAUCAAGAAAUGUGCAUAAUUUUCAUCCAUCCUCUUGCCUUAGGCUUAAUUAUUCUUUACUUAGUAGUAGUAUGCCUAAUUGACACAUAUGGCUGUCUUGAUGAUAGAACUUAAGAAUUUGAAUGUUUCAUACUGGCAGUUCAAUAUGGAUGGCUUAGGCUGAACUGAUCAAAUUUCGUGGAAUUUGUAAAGAAAAGGGAUACAAAGUCCAACAUGCCAUAGGAAUGAGGGAUGUACUGUAAAAAUGCGUUUCAUAAAAUACUGUGAUUGUGUCUAAAAGCAGUGAUACAUUGUCGUCAGGCCUUUUCCCCUGGCUCUUUCUAAUGAGAUGGUUGAUUAUUCCUUGUGCAUCCCUCCCCGAUGCCACUUACAGGCACAGUGUGAUUGAAGGGACGAUGAAUGAGGAAAUCGGACCAACAUUUUAUCUGGCAUAUCUUGGCCACAUUUCCUAUUAUUUGUGCUUUCCCCCCAUCUGUAUUAUAUGAAAUGUUCUUGAGAUGCUGUCUGGAUAAAAAAAUAACCUAACAUUUGUUUUGUGUAAAUUUCUGCGUUUUGCCUUAUCUUUAGUGAAUUGCUUGCUUAUGGAAUAUGCUAUGAGCUGCAAGGACAGGUAGGCUGCACUCAAGCCACUACCAAGUGAAAUUCAAUCAGUGUUCAAACCUAUUUCAUGUGGUUCUGAGCAAUAGUACUAACCUAUAACAACCAGAACAUCAUGACACUUUACUAUAAUACAACUAUAAUAGUUUGACCAUAAUUGCAGCAGAUUUAUGUUUAUUGGGAUAAGUCUUGUCCUGGACUGGAGGCAGAACUGAGUGAUUUCCGCUAGAUGGGCCAGCUGCAAAAUCAAAAUUGCCUAUAUUGUCGAAGUUCAUGGAAACAAACAUCUGCUUUUUUGGUCUUAAAGGGGAAAUCUGCAGUUUGAACAAUAACGAACCCCACCACUAAUUUGGUAAACAGCUGAGGGAUGUGGCUGGAGAAAUGUAUCUACGCUCAUGGACAGCGCUAUGGAUACAGGGACUGACCAUCCAUGGUAUCAAAAUUAUAGUUUGAACCAUGUUUUGAGGCUAAACAUUGUUUUAAAGAAAACCCAUUUACAUUGUUUACAAACAAGGAGUAAAACUUGCUUAUAUUUGGGGUUCUAAUGGGGUAUACUAAGCUCAAUGGGUAUGUGUGUGUGUGUAUAUAUAUAUAUAUAUAUAUAUAUAUAUAUAUAUAUAUAUAUAUAUAUAUAUAUAUAUAUUAAUUUAAAAGACUAAAAUUGGAAGUAGCAACUGCAGAUUGCCCCUUUAAUUUAAGGUUAGGGUUAGGCAUUAGGGUUAGCAUUGUGGUUAAGGUUAGGGUUAGGGUUAGGUUUAAAAUCAGAUUUUAUGAAUUUGUGGUUGUGCCAGCUAGUGACCACUCUGCAGAGCUGCCUCCAGAACAAGAUUCAUUACGAAAAUCGCUAACCUGCAUAAUUGCAUGCUAAUGACAUACCAUCAAAAAGAGGAGAAAGACCAAUUAUAGUAAAUCCAAAGCACCAGGUUCUCUCUAUAUGAAAGCUCUGAAAGAGUUCAGUCAGCCUCUUCUGCAUCUGUUUUCAUAAGGUCAUAAGGUCAUCUAUUUCUCUCCCUCUCUCUCUUUCUUCCUCCAGUUGAACCGGCAGAACCGCUCCUUGAAGAGGAAGAGUAUGUUGUACCUGGCCCACCUGGGGCCGGAGACCAUUGCUGAGAUCAGCCUGAAGGAUGAAGAAGAGGAGGAGGAGGAGGAGAGUGGGGACACUCAGGUAGAAAAAGAGUGCUCCUCAGCCCACUGCCAGAGCACCAUCACAGGUACUGGAUGUCACCCUGCUGUCCCCUUUCCCACAUAUCCACAGCAGCUAUUCCAAAUAGUGUCCAUACCGCUUUUACUCGAAACACUGAUGCACUGAUAUUACACACAGAUUUCAGAUCUAUCACAGGUUGUCUUAGAUGGCAUUCCUGAUGAAUGGAAGAGAUCUCUUUUGUUGUUACUUAUUUGACCGAUAGACUAUUGGUAUUCUGUACGAUCUAGUACAUACAACAUGAUUGAUCAUUGAUUGCAAGAUUAAGUGCCUUGCAAAAGUAUUCAUCCCCCUUGGCGUUUUUCCUAUUUUGUUGCAUUACAACCUGUAAUUUAAAUAUAUUUUUUAUUUGGAUUUCAUGUAAUGGACAUACACAAAAUAGUCCAAAUUGGUGAAGUGAAAUUAAAAAAAUACAUUUUUUCAAAAAAUUCUAAAGAAUAAAUAACGGAAAAGUGGUGCGUGCAUUUGUAUUCACCCCUUUGCUAUGAAGCCCCUAAAUAAGAUCUGGUGCAACCAAUUACCUUCAGAAGUCACAUAAUUAGUUCAAUAAAGUCCACCUAUGUGCAAUCUAAGUGUCACAUGAUCUGUCACAUGAUCUCAGUAUAUAUACACCUGUUCUGAAAGGCCCCAGAGUCUGCAGCACCACUAAGCAAGGGGCACCACCAAGCAAGCGGCACCAUGAAGACCAAGGAGCUCUCCAAACAGGUCAGGGACAAAGUAGUGGAGAAGUACAGAUCAGGGUUGGGUUAUAAAGAAAUACCCGAAACUUUGAACAUCCCACAGAGCACCAUUAAAUCCAUUAUUAAAAAAUGGAAAGAAUAUGGCACCACAACAAACCUGCCAAGAGAGGGCCACCCACCAAAACUCACGGACCAGGCAAGGAGGGCAUUAAUCAGAGAGGCAAUAAAGAGACCAAAGAUAACCUUGAAGGAGCUGCAAAGCUCCACAGCGGAGAUUGGAGUAUCUGUCCAUAGGACCCCUUUAAGCCGUACACUCCAUAGAGCUGGGCUUUACGGAAGAGUGGCCAGAAAAAAGCCAUUGCUUAAAGAAAAAAAUAAGCAAACACAUUGUGUGUUCGCCAAAAGGCAUGUGGGAGACUCCCCAAACAUAUGGAAGAAGGUACUCUGGUCAGAUGAGACUAAAAUUGAGCUUUUUGGCCAUAAUGGAAAACGCUAUGGGGGGGGAAUAGUUAUGCACGCUCAAGUUUUCAGUUUUUUUGUCUUAUUUCUUGUUUGUUUCACAAUAAUAAAUAUUUUGCAUCUUCAAAGUGGUAGGCAUGUUGUGUAAAUCAAACGAUACAAACCCCCCAAAAAUCCAUUUUAAUUCCAGGUUGUAAGGCAACAAAAUAGGAAAAAUGUGAAGGGGGGUGAAUACUUUCGCAAGCCACUGUACUUAUUUUGAAUUUUCAUGGGCCAGAACUGAAGAAUAAAUUGGAGUUGACACUGGAGGAGAAAAAGCAAGCCGCCAUUGAUCAUGAGGCUACAAGAGAGGAAUUAAGGGACAUUAGGGAAGAAGUAAGUCUGAAUAUAGAUUUGGGAGUGGUUUAAAAAUACUAUUUGUUGCUAUUAGUUUGAAAGAAAAGCUGCACACUACUCUUGCUUGUAUCAUUUACUUUAUUUAAGCUUACAUGUCGGCCUCUUGGCCUUCUUCAGAGCUUUUUUUUGUUGCUAUUUGUUUCAAAAUCCAUCUCUGAAGUAGAACAUUUGUGUUGAUCCUCUCGGUGAAACAGAUUAAUCAUGCGCAAUGUCCUUAUGAUGUUGUCAUAGAGUAGGCCUAUGCACAUUCAUACAAUUAGGACAAAUAAUAAAUGGAGACCUAGAAUGAUUUCCAUCUCCAGUAUUCUAACAAUAGGGUCGCAAUUCAAUUAUUUGAGAAAUCAAUUAACAGCACAAUCAAAUUAACUCUCUUCUGUCUUUUUCUCUUCCUCUCUUCACUGUAGUUGCUGACAGAAAAACAUGAUAAUAUGGUUUUGAUUGCUGAGACAGUCCGACAAAAGAAGCUCUUGGCGAAAUACAACAGAGGUCAGAGAGUCUUCUCAACUGCAAUAUUUUCGCUUCCAACGCCACGGCUAGGCCAAAGAGACUAGUGUGACAUCCGUGGCCACCUUUCUGCAUGGCAGUUAAGGCGCCCUACUCUCUGUGGCUUUUUGUACAGCGCAACCUUGAGUGGGGUUACAUUUGACAGAAAGAAGAGUCAAGUGAAGCCUGAACCCCCUUACUGUGCUGUGAAUGCUGGGUGAUCCUUAGUGACUAGAGGCAUAUUUCUUACAGAAAUAUUCAUUUGGUCCUUGGCUGGCUUGCUUUUCAGGGGGCAUGUUGGUUGUGAAAAGUGAAUUCCCCCUCCACAUCUUGAGUUUCAAGGUUUUCCAUAACGUUUUAUACUGCCUGCUAAUUACAGAAUGUAUUAUUUUUCACAGUUUAAAUUUAUAUUUUAGGUUACCAGUUUGCAGUUAAGCUUUGUUUGAAGGUGUGGGUUAAGGUUAGGGAUUAAGACUAAGGUUUAAUGUUGAGAUUAAGAUUAAGGUCAGAUUUAAGGUUAAGGUCAGGGUUAAGAUUAGGGCCAACUGACCAGAAAAAAGGGAUAAAGGGAAAUAUGCAAGAAAGCUUGAUCUACACAUGAAAUAUGCAGGUGAAACAGGUGCGCUGUCAGCAGAUUUGUGCCGUUUUACAAGUUCUGAUUAGAUAUUUUCUGCUUCCAGUGUCGCUGUUUGCUGUGGAGGAGUACGAGGCCCUGCAGGAAAACCUGGAUCUGGAGAGGGACCUGAGGGCAGAGGCAGAGAAAUUUGCACGAGAGGUAAGCUCUCUCUAGGUACCCAUAAUAGGCUUAGCAGCUUUGGAUGGGGUAUUUCUGUCAGCUCGACAUGUCUCCUUCCCCCUGGGCACAGACGUCAAUUGAACGUCUAUUUCACGUUGGUUCAAUGUAAUUUAACUGAAAUUACGUGGAAACAAUGUUGAUUCAACCAUUGUGUUCAAAGUGGGUUAACUGUGAUUAAAAUGCUUGUUCCCAAUCCCAUUUUGCGGGUACCUGAUCAUGAACUUGUUUUCCUACUGACUCAUCGCUUAGACACUAAUAUGAUGCAUCAUGGCUGUUUCCCAACAAGUAAACAAUGGAAUCAAGCCAUUGCCCUAAUAUCAGUCAAGGUGGCUGUGUUCAUCUGUAAGGGGUUGAUUCCGAUCUAGGACAUUUAUGCCUUUCCUACGCACUUCUCAGUAGUUGGUAUUUAGACUUACCUUAUGCAGGUGCAUAACGGGCUUUGCAGGCCUGGUUCCCUUGCAUGCGCUGAAUACGUUUAAUUAAACCGCUAAAAACCCUCCCACUUGCUGCCCAACAGAUUUUCUCGUGGAGUUUUCAUUCAAUAGGGUUUUCAGUACAUUUAUCUUAAGACAUCUGUUUAAAUACGGGGUACCUUAGAUUAGAAUUUUGUCGACAGAAUACAUUGAGAGAACGGGUUCAGAAUAUAGGGAUCAAUUAAAGAAAUCCAUCUAAAUAUAUGCAUAUUCGUCUCCGUUUCAGCACCAACUGGUAGAUUUUAAAAUACUCUGAUUUUGUAGAUUAUUUUGGCUCAUUUUGGGUUUAGCAAAGUAUGUACAGUUGAAGUCGGAAGUUUACAUACACCUUAGCCAAAUACAUUUAAACUCAGUUUUUCACAAUUCCUGACAUUUAAUCCUGGUAAAAAAUUCCCUGUCUUAGGUCAGUUAGGAUCACCACUUUAUUUUAAGAAUGUGAAAUGUCAGAAUAAUAGUAGAGAGAAUGAUUUAUUUCAGCUUUUAUUUAUUUCAUCACAUUCCCAGUGGGUCAGAAGUUUACAUACAGUCAAUUAGUAUUUGGUAGCAUUGCCUUUAAAUUGUUUAACUUGGGUCAAACGUUUCGGGUAGCCUUCCACAAGCUUCCCACAAUACGUUGGGUGAAUUUUGGCCCAUUCCUCCUGACAAAGCUGGUGUAACUGAGUCAGGUUUGUAGGCCUCCUUGCUCGUAUACGCUUUUUCAGUUCUGCCCACAAAUGUUCUAUAGGAUUGAGGUCAGGGCUUUGUGAUGGCCACUCCAAUACCUUGACUUUGUUGUCCUUAAGCCAUUUAUCCACAUAAAUUUCCUUCCUCAUGAUGCCAUCUAUUUUGUGAAGUGCACCAGUCCCUCCUGCAGCAAAGCACCCCCACAGCAUGAUGCUGCCACCCCCGUGCUUCACGGUUUGGAUGGUGUUCUUCGGCUUGCAAGCAACCCCCUUUUUCCUCCAAACAUAACGAUGGUCAUUAUGGCCAAACAGUUCUAUUUCUGUCCCCAUGUGCAGUUGCAAACCGUAGUCUGGCUUUUUUAUGGCGGUUUUGGAGCAGUGGCUUCUUCCUUGCUGAGCGGCCUUUCAGGUUAUGUCGAUAUAGGACUCGUUUUACUGUGGAUAUAGAUACUUUUGUACCUGUUUCCUCCAGCAUCUUCACAAGGUCCUUUGCCGUUGUUCUGGGAUUGAUUUGCAUUUUUCGCACCAAAGUAUGUUCAUCUCUAGGAGACAGAACACGUCUCCUUCCUGAGCAGUAUGACGGCUGCGUGGUCCCAUGGUGUUUAUACUUGUGUACUGUUGUUUGUACAGAUGAACGUGGUACCUUCAGGCUUUUGGAAAUUGCUCCCAAGAAUGAACCAGACUUGUGGAGGUCUACACAUUUUUUUCUCAAAGUUAUACCCACAAUUAUUUCAGCAAAUUAUGAGGGCACACAAUUACAAUUCUGAAUAGCCUACUUCACUGUGGAAAAUGGGGCGCAAUACAUGUCAUGUGAUAUGAUGAUAUGAUUUUCAGUUUGCUUCCAAAUUACUGGUUUCAGAUUCAUCUCCAGGGAUCAUAAGGAAAUGUCAUCUAAAACAAUUGCUAUGUGUAUUUACAAUCCCUUCUCCAAACGGAUUACUCAUUUACCUAGAUCUUAUCAAUAGCUCUUAUUAAUUUAUAAAUUACUGUGAAUGGAGAAUGUUGUUAUUUUAUCAUAAAAAAGAAAGUAGAGGUUCGCGCGACCUUAUUCAUGGCUUCCUCGCACGUAAAGGUGGUGGAAUUAUGAAGACUUUUCUGUAGACACACCUCAGCCACACCUUCAUUUAUUCCAUCUCCACCCCGAACGAAUAACGGUUGAAUAGCAUGCUAUUCUCAUGCUUAAAUUCAAGGUCAGAAUACGCAUAGAGAGAAAAGUGCAUAAAAGGGAAUUAGGUUCCAUUUACGCGCGCCUAACUCGGGUCGGAAUCGGCCCCCAUAUGAAUUAUGAAUUUGGGCUGUAACAUUGGACACCAGUAUCCAAUGGUAUACCGUUUUUCUUAUGUUGAGAAAAUGUGAUGCCGCUGUGUUUAAGAUAUGGCAUGAAUAUCUUAGAAGUGCCACAUAAUUGUAUGACAUGUAUGUUCUAUAUGGUGUCCAGAUUAGUACUCUUCCCCCUUGCAAUCUAAUCAGUAUUCAGGAACACUCUAUUCAUUAUGUUUUAUCACCAGAGAUAAUUUUUAAGACCAUAUAUAGAUAAGUGAAUGACCACACUAGGCAUGCUGCAUAAUGAGACCUCUAUAUAUGGCCUCUCUGCAAACCCACAUUUUGAAUAGCCUCACUGGUUUCUAAACAUGCUCAGGUGCUUUUAUCGGCAUACUGAAAUAUUUGUUUAUUACACUAAAACUACAGGUAUGGUUAAUUUACUGCUACAACAGGCUGGAUUAUACUUAUUUUCCCUUGAGGUAUUACACAUUUCAAAUGCAGUAAUGUAUCAACACAGUUAACACUGCUGUUAGAUAUUGACAGCUUCUGUCCCUUGUGUAAAUCCUCCUCCCAUGCAGAUGCUGGUUGAGCAGAAGAAGCUGAACAGACAGAGUCAGAUUGUGCUAAAGAGCUCCUCACCCAGUGAGGCCCUGCAGGCAGCCCUCAGUGAUGUUACCAGGCUCACCCAGGUCCUGGAGACCCAGAGGCUGGAGCACCAACAACAGGUCACACACCAACAUUAACACCACAUACCAACACCACACCAACAACGGGUCACACACCAACAUUAACACCACAUUACCAACACCACACCAACAACGGGUCAGACACCAACAUUAACACCACAUCACCAACACCACACCAACAAUGGGUCACACACCAACAUUAACACCACAUUACCAACACCACACCAACAACGGGUCACACACCAACAUUAACACCACAUCACCAACACCACACCAACAACGGGUCACACACCAACAUUAACACCACAUCACCAACACCACACCAACAACGGGUCACACACCAACAUUAACACCACAUCACCAACACCACACCAACAACGGGUCACACACCAACAUUAACACCACAUCACCAACACCACACCAACAACAGGUCACACACCAACAUUAACACCACAUUACCAACACCACACCAACAACGGGUCACACACCAACAUUAAUACCACAUCACCAACACCACACCAACAACGGGUCACACACCAAUAUUAACACCACACCACAUCACCAACACCACACCAACAACGGGUCACACACCAACAUUAACACCACAUUACCAACACCACACCAACAACGGGUCACACACCAACAUUAACACCACAUCACCAACACCACACCAACAACGGGUCACACACCUACAUUAACACCACAUCACCAACACCACACCAACAACGGGUCACACACCAACAUUAACACCACAUCACAUCACCAACACCACACCAACAACGGGUCACACACCAACAUUAACACCACAUCACCAACACCACACCAACAACGGGUCACACACCAACAUUAACACCACAUUACCAACACCACACCAACAACGGGUCACACACCAACAUUAACACUACAUCACCAACACCACACCAACAACAGAUCACACACCAACAUUAACACCACAUCACCAACAACAGGUCACACACCAACAUUAACACCACACCAACAAUGCAAUGCUUCUUUAGUGUGAUGAAAAUUGUGUCUAGAAUCUAUUGUCAGCUGAGAUAUCUUUUCCCUCAUAGUCAAAUAUUUCUUUUUUAUAAUUACUAAAUAUCUAAUCUGAAAGAAAUCUACUCCAGUUUUGCACGUGGAACCAAUAUGAAUGUGUUUCUGAAAAAGACUGAAAGUCAGUUAGCUCGUCAAUUAAACUGUGAGAUCCCCUUUUGAAUGAUAAUGGUCACAGGGAGCACUUUAGGCAGCGACUUGCUGUGUCCAUACUGAUAAGGAGUAUCAGAGGCACCAUUCACUCUCAGCAGCAUUCGGAUGGAUGAAAACAAUUAGGAAAGAGUGGGAUCACUGAUCUCUCCUGGUAUAGGGUGGAGGUGAGCCAUACCCUCCAUUUAAAGAACAAUUAACACAUUAUUUGAGGAGUAGAGAAUUCUUUUGGGACUGGCACCUACCCAAAGCUACUUAUCAGCAAUUAUCACCACAGGAACUGUUUGUGGUGCAGGCUCUGAGCAGCUUACAUUUGUUCCAUUGUUUUGUGUCAGUGUGCAUGAGUGUGUGUGUGUGUGUGUUUUAAAGCAGUACCACUUAUCACUAUUUUUGCCUCAAAAUUUUUCUGUCUGUAGUGAAGAACAAUUGUUUGCCUUGUAAAACCACCAUAACAUACUCUUUAUUUCCUAAUAUUCACUUCAAAUUUAGUAAGAAUGACCCAGGUACACGGCAUAUCUUGUAGGGUUGUGAGUGAAUGUGUAAUGCUUGGCGGUAACAGAUGAAGGUGAUUGAGGAGCAGCUCAGGGGUUCAGAACUACAGAAAGAGGUGGUGGCGUUACAGCGCAAGCUAGAGCUCCUGGCGGAGGAGAGAAGGGAGCAUGAGGAGAGGUGUUCCAAGGCUAAGGUGGAGGCCAAGGAUCUCAAGUUUACUGGUGAGUGGCACAGCAGAAUUGGAGGACUGCACAGAGUAGCUGCAGGGAAUGAGGGGGCUUUGUCAAAAGGUUCAUGUUAUUCUCAUGGUUUGACAAUGGGAUUCCAACAUGUUUUCAACUGAAGCCAACUUUGGGUUUUAACUGUAGAGAAAUGCACAGAACGCCCUUCAUUUGUUAGCAAAAGCAAUGGACUCCAUAUCUUUUUUUUUAUUAGAGCACUUUAUAAUGCAUUUGUAGGUUAAUCAUCUCAACCCGCAGUUCUCUAAACAUUUUCUGAGCCAUUUCCAUGCAUUUCAAGUGUUUGUGAUGUUGAGCCUCUCCUAAAUGGAUGAUGAUAUAUAUCAGAACUUUCUUCAGUUGUUAACAAAAGCAAUGGACUAAAAACAGAGUUUCAUGGGGCACUUCAGAAUCCUUUUUUGGGUUAAUAUUCUCCUUCAUUUCCAUUCAGUUUGUAAUAUUAUGUAUUUUACACCUCUCUUAAUAAUUGGAUGCUGAUGCUACUCGUCCAUUUGUUCUAUUGACCAGUUGAGGAGCUGCAGAAGAAGCUCCAGGCGCUAUCUAACCCUCUUCCUGCUCCAGCCCCUCCACCUCCGCCACCCCCUCCUCCACCACCAGCCCCACUCACCAACCCUCUCAGGUGAGAUACGAUCAAAUGGGAAUCAUUUACAAUAUACAUUUUACAUUAACUAUAUCUGCUUGAAGUAUUCAUACCGGGGACCAGGCUUACUUCCUGGUCAGGUCACAUGGUUAGGACAAACUCCCUAUAGGGCCCUAUAUAUGGUCCAAGGUCAACUCACUCUUUUCUGUUUCUUUACAGUUCACUGCUAUUGAUGAUUCGCAAAAAGAAAGAUAUCAGUAGGGAUAUUCCAUUAGUGGUUCAAGACUCAGCAAAGGAGCCAGGUACAGUAAACAGAAAAAUACCUAAAAUCUAUAUUUUAAGACUUUGACAAAAUGCUCUUAUAACUUCUCUUUGGUAUGUCUUCGGUUGUAACGUUUAACUGCAAGCACUGUAUGACCUUAUGCUAUUUAUUUGAUUGUGCUGGCACUGAACAUUUGGACAGUAGUUCAAGGGUGUCAUCGUACAGCACUGUGAGAGACGGAAUCUAAAACAAAAAUCCAGAAAAUCACAUUGUAUGAGUUUUAAGUAAUUAAUUUGCAUUUUAUUGCAUGACAUAAGUAUUUGAUCACCUACCAACCAGUAAGAAUUCCGGCUCUCACAGACCUGUUAGUUUUUCUUUAAGAAGCCCUCCUGUUCUCCACUCAUUACCUGUAUUAACUGCACCUGUUUGAACUCGUUACCUGUAUAAAAGACACCUGUCCACACACUCAAUCAAACAGCCUCCAACCUCUCCACAAUGGCCAAGACCAGAGAGCUGUGUAAGGACAUCAGGGAUAAAAUUGUAGACCUGCACAAGGCUGGGAUGGGCUACAGGACAAUAGGCAAGCAGCUUGGUGAGAAGGCAACAACUGUUGGCGCAAUUAUUAGAAAAUGGAAGAAGUUCAAGAUGACGGUCAAUCACCCUCGGUCUGGGGCUCCAUGCAAGAUCUCACCUCGUGGGGCAUCAAUGAUCAUGAGGAAGGUGAGGGAUCAGCCCAGAACUACACGGCAGGACCUGGUCAAUGACCUGAAGAGAGCUGGGACCACAGUCUCAAAGAAAACCAUUAAUAACACACUACGCCGUCAUGGAUUAAAAUCCUGCAGCGCACGCAAGGUCCCCCUGCUCAAGCCAGCGCAUGUCCAGGCCCGUCUGAAGUUUGCCAAUAACCAUCUGGAUGAUCCAGAGGAGGAAUGGGAGAAGGUCAUGUGGUCUGAUAAGACAAAAAUAGAGCUUUUUGUUCUAAACUCCACUCGCUGUUGUUUGGAGGAAGAAGAAGGAUGAGUACAACCCCAAGAACACCAUCCCAACCGUGAAGCAUGGAGGUGGAAACAUCAUUCUUUGGGGAUGCUUUUCUGCAAAGGGGACAGGACGACUGCACCGUAUUGAGGGGAGGAUGGAUGGGGCAUGUAUCGCGAGAUCUUGGCCAACAACCUCCUUCCCUCAGUAAGAGCAUUGAAGAUGGGUCGUGGCUGGGUCUUCCAGCAUGACAACGACCCGAAACACACAGCCAGGGCAACUAAGGAGUGGCUCCGUAAGAAGCAUCUCAAGGUCCUGGAGUGACCUAGCCAGUCUCCAGACCUGAACCCAAUAGAAAAUCUUUGGAGGGAGCUGAAAGUCCGUAUUGCCCAGCGACAGCCCCGAAACCUGAAGGAUCUGGAGAAGGUCUGUAUGGAGUGGGCCAAAAUCCCUGCUGCAGUGUGUGCAAACCUGGUCAAGACCUACAGUAAACGUAUGAUCUCUGUAAUUGCAAACAAAGGUUUCUGUACCAAAUAUUAAGUUCUGCUUUUCUGAUGUAUCAAAUACUUAUGUCAUGCAAUAAAAUGCAAAUUAAUUACUUAAAAAUCAUACAAUGUGAUUUUCUGGAUUUUUGUUUUAGAUUCCGUCUCUCACAGUUGAAGUGUACCUAUGAUAAAAAAUUACAGACCUCUACAUGCUUUGUAAGUAGAAAAACUUGCAAAAUCGGCAGUGUAUCAAAUACUUGUUCUCCCCACUGUAUGUAGCUAAGAAGCACUGUCUGGAAGACUUGAAUCUGUGACCCAAUUCCUUCAGAGCCUGGCACUAUAGCAGAAGCUCUGAUCUUUGGGUUGCACUUUAUUUGGAUAGUGCCUACUAUGUUUUAACCUAACAUGGCUCUUAUUGAUACAGUACCUAGACGUCCACGUUCAGACUUUGGACAACCUGUCCAAUCCACAAUCUCAUCUGUUUCUCAGUUCAUCCACAUUGUAUACAAUACAUUUAAAACUGUAUACAAUACAUUUUUAUUUCACAAAUGUUCCCCUCCUCGAUGCAAUUUGUAGAAAUUCCUCGAGGGAAUUGAAUGGCAGCUCGACUUAAUUGAGGGCCAUUAUUGAACUUAAAAUUAAGGUUGCUCUCGAAGUAAUUUCUAUUUUCUAUUCUAUUCUAUUCCAGAAUCACUAUGGGUCAGUUGUGUCACUUUUGUAUGAGGAAUGUAGACAUUAAUAAUUGAGUAGUCGAAGGACACACGUCUGUGCUUUAUGAGCAUUUAUUGGGGAUCAUUGACGGGCCAUGUCAGUUAAAGGCCCAGUGCAGUCAAAAAAGUGAUUUUCAUGUGUUUUAAAUAUUUUUCCACACUAUGAGGUUGGAAUAAUACUGUGAAUUAGUGAAAAUUAUGAUAAUGUCUUUUUAGUGUAAGAACUGUUUGAAAAGCGCCUGACAUUUCAGCCUGAUUUGGUGGGAUGGAGUUUUUGUCCUGCCUGGCGACAUUACCAGGCGGUAUAAGUUAAUAGACCAAUAACAAAGACAGUUUUAAACCUCUCUGCCGAUAACAGCUAGUUUUCAAGUUACAUAUCCCUCCCAUUAGGCUCGUCCAAUUAGCCCCCUCACUUAAACCACGCCCAGAUAAUCCUAGCAAAAUCCUUGCUUUAGAAAUUGCUCUUUGCGAAGAAGCAUUUUUUUCUUCUUUUUGACCAUUUUAAUUGAAAACAGUCACAGUAAGGUACUUAAUUGUUACCCAGAAAUUAUUUGAUAUUGAGAUAAAAACAGCUGCAUUGGACCUUUAAAGUUCCAUUCUGCAUGGACAAAAACCAAACCUUGAAUAGUUGGAGUUGGUGGUACAUUUGUAUUUUCUGAACAUAAAAAGAUACUUGUUUUGUUACCAGUCAUUCAUUGUCUGUAUUUUUAUUUUAUUGGGCGCUCACUACUGUACCUGGUUGCCCCUAGAGGUUGAAGAGAUCGGUCAUCAAUUAUCUUUUUCAUUUGAAUAAGAACAUUUGAAUAAAAAAAUAUAUUUCUUUAAUACUUUGAAUAUUGCUUUGAAUACUUUGGAGUACAACAUUUUCAUAACAUUGUGAGUUAUGUGCCAGCUAACAAUGGCUUUGUUGUGUAAUCUUAAUUGAAGGUUACAAGGUGACUAGUGUUACCCAUUCAAUUGUUGGGAGUAUAGAGUGUGCAACUUUCUAAAAAAAUAUCUACAGGCUGUUAAAUGAAAUGUCUCCAUCUUUUGUCAGCUGCAAAUAACUUGUAUUUUCUUGUAGAAUUUGUAAAACUUUUCUUGUUGAACUUCUGAAUGAAAACAUAAUGGUUGUUGAAGGAGUUCCGAAGCCAUUUGUAAAGACCACUGUAUGAACUUUGGCCUGUAAUGUUUGCCAUCAAUACUCGCCUUUAUGGAACGUAUAGACUGCAAUAGAGGAGGAUGGAGGCAAUGCUUUUUAUUAAAUCUCCUACUGAAGUUGUACUGUAUUGUUAGUAUGGAUCAAAAUCCAGACAGUUGUUUUUGGCCUUCGAGAAAAAUAACCUGUGUGCUCUUUGUGUGUUGUCUUCUAGAGAUGGACAUCAGGCAACAGGCUGUGGAUGAGAUGAUGCAGAGAAUCAAAAGGGGGGUUCACCUCCGACCCGUGGGCCAGGCCCCUAACAAAACCAAGCCCGUCCAGGUACAUGCAGUAUAUACAGUGGGGGAAAAAAGUAUUUAGUCAGCCACCAAUUGUGCAAGUUCUCCCACUUAAAAAGAUGAGAGAGGCCUGUAAUUUUCAAUUUUUGAGUGAAAACCUCCUUCCAUCACCAAGGGCAUUGAAGAUGAAACGUGGCUGGGUCUUUCAGCAUGACAAUGAUCCCAAACACACUGCCCGGACAACGAAGGAGUGGCUUCGUAAGAAGCAUUUCAAGGUCCUGGAGUGGCCUAGCCAGUCUCCAGAUCUCAACCCCAUAGAAAAUCUUUGGAGGGAGUUGAAAGUCCGUGUUGCCCAGCGACAGCCCCAAAACAUCACUGCUCUAGAGGAGAUCUGCAUGGAGGAAUGGGCCAAAAUACCAGCAACAGUGUGUGAAAACCUUGUGAAGACUUACAGAAAACGUUUGACCUGUGUCAUUGCCAACAAAGGGUAUAUAACAAAGUAUUGAGAAACUUUUGUUAUUGACCAAAUACUUAUUUUCCACCAUAAUUUGCAAAUAAAUUCAUAAAAAAUCCUACAAUGUGAUUUUCUGGAAUUUCUUUUCUCAUUUUGUCUGUCAUAGUUGACGUGUACCUAUGAUGAAAAUUACAGGCCUCUCUCAUCUUUUUAAGUGGGAGAACUUGCACAAUUGGUGGCUGACUAAAUACUUUUUUUCCCCACUGUACCUCACAAAGGAUCACCAACAUUGUACCACUUCAGCACAGAGAAAAGCUGUGUUUCAACAUAAAUGUACUCUUUUUCCUUGUUACUCGUGAAAUGGCUUGAUGACCUGUGCAAUCAUGUUCAUGGACCUGUGUCUCUGUUUUUUAAAUGUAUAUUUUCCUAAGAAUAGUGUAUGUAGUUACUGAAGUGAGCUUGUUUUUGUACGCUGUAAGACAUCUAAGUCAUGUCAACAUGGAGCUCUGUACAGUAUGUUUACCUUAGAGAAAAGCUGUGUUUCAACAGAAACACAGUGAAAGGCUUUAUUACCUGUUGAAAUCAUGUUCAUGGGCCUGUAUGUUUCUAAGUAGCAUAGCGUCGCUGACGGAAGAAAACCUUGUAUCUCCAAAACUGAAACUUUUCAGGGAAUUGAAAAACUGCCGUAUUUUACCAAUAACUUCCAUACGACUAUGAAACUUCAGAAGCUAUUUUGAACACAUUGUCACAUUCUGACAGGGAUGACAGUGUACUGUAUGUGAUUACCGCAUAAGCUUGUUUUUGUAAGUUAUUAUGAGAUCUCUAAGACAUGUCAACAUGUAGCACUUAGCACUCUGCCCACAGUUCUCUCAAAAUUGGAGACCAUUAGGACCUAUGCUUUACCCAAAUUAUUUUAUAAUGUGUAAAUUGUCAGUUUGCAUGCGAAAUUAAAUAAUUAUACUGUAUGUGGACAUGUUCUUUUUUUUUUUUUUUACCCUUAUUCUGGUCUGUGGUAUGAAGAGUGGUCUAGUGAUUCACAACAAUGCUAAGAGGUUAUGUAGGCUGAAACAGUGAUUGGGAUAAAUGUGUCAAAUAUGUGCUGCUUAUUUACCAAACCCAUCUUUCUAUCUGUUCUCAUCCUCUUGCCAGCGAGAAAGGGUACCCUCCAAUUCUGCCAUUCAGGAACUUAAAGGAAUUCUGGUAAUGGAACCUUUUAAUAAUAGCAGUAGUCCUUUUUGAGGUACUUUUCUUUUCCAAAAUGUUGUUAUUUGUUGUUUGUGAUAAAAUCAUGAUUUGUUAGACACUACAGUAUACAAACAAUAUUUUAUAAUACAUAGCUACAUUAAGUUGUUAGAGGUUAUUCUCAAGACCAUACCAGAAUCUGUUUCCCUUUAUGUUCCAACUGUGCAGGACACUUUCAAAAGGCCCUCCCCCCACCUUAAAGUUGGAUCUCCAUCAACAAACACUGAGUCUGAGCUGGAGAGAGUUCUACAGAGACGGCGGAGCGCGUUCCAGACCUCACAGGAAAGUUGUGAGUUUUGUCUCCUUUAAAUAUAUACAACUAAAGAAUGACAAGCCCGUACUUACUCUGGAGGGGGUUUCAGUGGUCGUAAAGAUGACAAACGAUAUUGUAUCACUUUUUGUCAAUUUAGACAAAGGCAGUCUUAUGUCCUGCUAAUAGUUUCAAUACGAAUAGCUAAAGGAUGGGCUCAUGGAGACAGUCUUGUGGAACAAGGAAUGGGUAAGAUUCCAUCCGUAGUAGAGUAUAAUAACCAAACGUUUCUCUAUCUGUUUUUGCUUUAUUGUUAAUAUUAAAUUAAACAAGUGAAAUUACAUUUAGGAAAAUAUGUAUAUGAGGCAUUUUCAAAUGUAUUUCCAAUAAUUCAUGCAAGAAUAAGGUUAUUGGCUUACUCCCUUCACCUUCGUUAAUUAAAUAAAUAUAAAUCAUUUGCAAACAAUUGUUCUAAUUACUUAGUGAAACAACAUAUUGCAAAACUCAAAAUAUGACAUAUCUUCCACACAGCCCUCCCAUGUUUUGUAGUAUGGACACCACUUUCUGCUUUACUGAGGAGGUGGUUUCUGGCUGCUGGUAGUGGAUUUUGUUAAAUGUUCAAUUAUUUUACACUCCUCUGCAAUGAAUUAAACAUAAAAGAAGUUGUGCCGUGUUGCAAACAUACCUACAGAGUAAUAUCAGUUCUCUGUCACUGCAGAUCCUAACAUCAGACAAAUAGGUAAACAUACUGUAGGCCUACAAUAGCAAUUUCCAACUGUUGACUAGAAAUACUGUGGAUCUAUAUGUAAUUAUUAUUUUUUUUUUUGUCAUUUAGCAGACGCUCUUAUCCAGAGUGUCUUACAGGAGCAAUUAGGGUUAAGUGCCUUGCUCAAGGGCACAUCGACAGAUUUUUCACCUAGUCGGCUCGGGGAUUAGAACCAGCGACCUCUCGGUUACUGGCACAACGCUCUUAACCACUAAGCUACCUGCCGCCUCAUAUGUGAUUGUGUUUGUGUCUGUCUCUGUGAAGGUUCGCCAUCCUCGCCUCGUCCCUUCCCCAGCAGUGUUCUGGAUGUCACCAGGGUGAGAGGGGACCAGCCCCAGACCAAGCAGAGCUCCCAGGAAUCUCAGGACUCUGUCCCGCUCUAGGCCCACUCAGUGGACCUGAGUUCUGGCCACUAGCACCCCAGGGCCCUGGGUAAGUAUGCCUCACAGCUGGAAUCACUGCAUGAUUUACAGUGAAGUUUAAGUCCCAAGACCCAACUGGUCGAAAAUGAGAAACCUACUUAUUUCUGUAGGAUAAAGCAUCAUAAAGAAUCAGUCUGGCCCUGGUUGUUUCUGAUGAUUACAGGAAUAAUUAGAGCAGCUCUGAGACCAAGUGCACCGUGGCUUCAUGUUGUAUUAAGCUGUGAUGUUUUCACACUGCUGCCUGUUUUGUUUUGGGGAGGGAGUGCACUACAGUAUGAAGGAUUACCAUGGAGCAAUUGAUUUAGGUGAAAUGAAAUACUUUGUUCCCACAACCGGAGGCUUUGUUAACAUUUAUUUAAUGGUGAAGGUGAAGCCCACAUUUUUGACACAGUCUUUGUUUGCACUGAGAGGAUCCGUCAGCCGGCUUUUGUAGCCUUGAACAUUUGCCAAAGCAAGUAUGUCUUUAAAUUGGUCUGUCUAGACCAGUAUUAACCUUGUAGCCUCCCAGUGAGCAAUUACAGGGCACUGUGGCAGAUUUUGUUUCCACUACUCCCCUCGCUUGAUACUCUCCCAGUCUUUCAUGGCCCAAGAUUAUUUUUUGUGCAGGCUUUAUUUGAAGGCAUUUUUGUAAAGAUUUUUUAUAGCACAAUCUAUUUCAAGACUAAAGAAUUUCAAGCAUGUAAAUGUACAUAGAGCAUCGUAGCUGGUAGUACUGGAGCUUUAGAUGUUAGUCAAAUGCUUGGCAUGUCAACUAGAGGUUAAGCUGUUCUGCUAGGUGUUUGUUACGGAACAAUUGGAUUGGGAUCAACUUGCUCUCAGAACGCCACAAUGACCAUCACGCUUAGUUGACCAUGAGGAUGGGCUUUUUUCCCUCACCUGCACAAAUUCGUUGGACUAUUUCUGAAGUGAGGGGGAAAUGUGAGAGCCAGAAACAGGAGUGUGACGUCCUGUAGCCAUUGUGUGGGGCACUAAUUGAGGAUUUGGGUCUCAUUUGCCACUAAGGCACAAUUUCCACUUGGAGCACAGUUGAGAGAAAGGGUCAAAUCCCCCAAGAUUAUGGAGGAAAUUCAAUUUGAGUGACUUUUCUUUCUGUCAUCUUGUUUACAUGUAUACUACUUACCCCCAAAAGCCUGUGUGAGUAUAAAGUGUUCUGUAUUAGAUUAUAUAUAUAUAUAUCUUCCAGGCGCAUCAAGGGGUUCAGACUUCAUCUUAAGACCGGGGGCGGCAAGUAGUUUAGUGGUUAAGAGCUUUGUGCCAGUAACCGAAAGGUCGCUGGUUCUAAUCCCCGAGCCGACUAGGUGAAAAAUCUGUCGAUGUGCCCUUGAGCAAGGCACUUAACCCUAAUUGCUCCUGUAAGUUGCUCUGGAUAAGAGCGUCUACUAAAAUGUAAAAAUGUAAGACCUAUUGGCUCUGCACAUUCAUUCAUCAGCUGACCGCUCCAAAAUACAGACAGGGCUACAACAUUGUUGGAAGAGGAAGUCACUGUAAUUUUAUUUAACAGUAGAAUUCCCCUCAACAAUGGCCUUGCAGACAAAGGGAGCAGUAGACAAGGGGACUUUGCUUGCACCAAGGAAUCGGAAAUGACUAAUUGUGCAGACUGACAUGUUUUUGUUAUGGCCCUCCAUUUUCUCAUGUUGAAGGAAGAUGAGGUUAACAAAGACUUAACUCAGAUAACAUCCAAGGAGAUGAGAGUGUCAUUGAGCAGCAGACCUUGCUUGAGUAAGCCGCUCUACGUGCUGGACAGACAGACAGACAGACAGACAGACAGACAGACAGACAGACAGACAGACAGACAGACAGACAGACAGACAGACAGACAGACAGACAGACAGACAGACAGACAGACAGACAGACAGACAGACAGAGAUAGAGAGAGAGAGAGAGAGAGAGAGAGAGAGAGAGAGAGAACACCUUAGUAAUAAUUGAUGUUAUAGCAGAAAAUGGUGCCACAGGCUGGAAUUCAAACACAGAUAAACAACCUUCGCACUGCGAUCCUGAUUCAUAAAUGUCAAAUAUUGCCUUGAUUCCAACUGUGUUAACUGUCAAAAUGCCAAUACAACUGGUGUACAACCUCCUGAUUAUAUACAGCUGUGGAAAAAAUUAAGAGACCACUGCAAAUGUUUCUUAAAUCAGCAUCUCUACAUGUAUGACAGCCAUUCCAUUCCAGUGUCUGUUGAAUUCCAACACAGGCACACCUCAUUCUACUGAAUUAGGUACUGAUUAGGUGAUCACAUGAACCAAAUCUUAUUUAACGAGGAAAAGUAUAAAAACCACUGCUGUGGUCAUCACUAUCCUCUUGCAAUAGGACCAGCUGGAUGGCAAAAACAGUGCUAAUAGUACCUCAAAAGUAAUAUUAAUCAAAAAAUAACUAUUGACCAUGCCAAAAGAGUUGAAAAGGAAAGUUUUGAGUGAGGAAAAGAAGGGGUCAAUUCUGGCUUUACUGGCAGAGGGAUACAGUGAGCGUCAGGUUGCUUCCAUCCUUAAAAUUCCAAAGACGGCGGUUCAUAAGAACAAGGUCAAGCAGCACACAUUGGGGACAACAAAGCUACAGACCGGCAGAGGGCGAAAACGACUCUCUACUGACCGGGAUGACCGCCAACUCAUUCGAAUGUCACUCAUCAACCGUAGGAUGACAUCAAGUGACCUACAAAAAGAAUGGCAAACGGCAGCUGGAGUGAAGUGCAUGGCAAGGAUGGUUUGAAACAGGCUCCUAGGGGCAGGGCUGAAGUCUUGCAAAGCUAGAAAAAAGCCCUUCAUCAAUGAGAAGCAAAGAAGAGCCAGGCUGAGGUUUGCAAAAGACCAUAAGGAUUGGACCAUAGAGGACUGGAGUAAGGUCAUCUUCUCUGAUGAGUCCAAUUUUCAGCUUUGCCCAACACCUGGUCGUCUAAUGGUUAGACGGAGACCUGGAGAGGCCUACAAGCCACAAUGUCUCGCACCCACUGUGAAAUUUGGUGGAGGAUCGGUGAUGAUCUGGGGGUGCUUCAGCAAGGCUGGAAUCGGCCAGAUUUGUCUUUGUGAAGGACGCAUGAAUCAAGCCACGUACAAGGUUGUCCUGGAAGAAAACUUGCUUCCUUUUGCUCUGACAUUGUUCCCCAACUCUGAGGAUUGGUUUUUCCAGCUGGACAAUGCGCCAUGCCACACAGCCAGGUCAAUCAAGGUGUGGAUGGAGGACCACCAGAUCAAGACCCUGUCAUGGCCAGCCCAAUCUCCAGACCUGAACCCCAUUGAAAACUUCUGGAAUGUGAUCAAGAGGAAGAUGGAUGGUCACAAGCCAUCAAACAAAGCUGAGCUGCUUGAAUUUUUGCGCCAGGAGUGGCAUAAAGUCACCCAACAUCAAUGUGAAAGACUGGUGGAGAGCAUGCCAAGACGCAUGAAAGCUGUGAUUGAAAAUCAGGGUUAUUCCACCAAAUAUUGAUUUCUGAACUCUUCCUAAGUUAAAACAUUACUAUUGUGUUGUUUAAAAAUGAACAUAAACUUUUUUUCUUUGCAUUAUUCGAGGUCUGACAACACUGCAUCUUUUUUGUUAUUUUGACCAGUUGUCAUUUUCUGCAAAUAAAUGCUCUAAAUGACAAUUUUUUUUUUUUGAAUUUGUUGUCAGUAGAUUAUAGAAUGAAACAAAAAAUGUUAUUUUUAUCCAAACACAUACCUAUAAAUAGUAAAACCAGAGAAACUGAUAAUUUUGCAUUGGUCUCUUAAUUUUUUCCGCAGCUGUAUAUGGCGCAGUGGUCUAAGGCACUGCAUCGCAGUGCUAGCUGUGCCACUAGAGAUCCUGGUUCGAAUCCAGGCUCUGUUGUAGCCGGCCGCGACCGGGAGACCCAUGGGGCAGCGCACAAGUCGUCCAGGGUAGGAGAGGGAAUGGCCGGCAGGGAUGUAGCUCAGUUGUUAGAGCAUGGCGUUUGCAACGCCAGGGUUGUGGGUUCGAUUCCCACGGGGGGCCAGUAUGAAAAAUAAAAAAAUAAUGUAUGCACUCACUAACUGUAAAUUGCUCUGGAUAAGAUCGUCUGCUAAAUUACUAAAAUGUAAAUGUAUAUACCGGUACAUCAUUUCAUUCAAACAGAAAAUUAAGCAUGUUUCAAGGGAGAAAACAUUUUCAUUGAUUUGAUGGCAGUUACUGCGGUUCCACCAAGUGCAGUGCGAUGGCAGUAAUCUGCGUUUGUUUGAAUCCUGGCUCCCCUCAACCUCUUUGAAAUGAUUGCACUUGAAAAGUAUGUCAAUGUAGGUCUUCAGUAUUUCAUACUGCACCUGAUUCUAGAAGUCACAGACAGUAUCACCGACUACGGCCAGCUGAUGCUUGCUCUCCUUGGAGCUGUUGUUUUCAGUCCAUGGACAGCUCAACAGCUCAGCGUUGAAACAGAGUCCAUGACCUGGUCAAUGACUUUCCCUGCUUCCUCUUUAGCGAUCUGCCGUCUGACAUUGAUUGACAAGCAGUAAACAUUCUGCCGAUCAGGGCGACAAUGUAAUUACCCAGAGGCAUGCUGUAUCCCUUUUUAUUUUGGUGAGAGCCAUCUUUACCGCUCUCUAUUUCUGUUGCCAUCAGCCAAUACAAUGGAACGUUUUGUUGUUUUUUUCCCCCGAGAGGGAUUGGCAAUUAGGAAGCCUCUUUUUAGUGUGUCUGGGAAACACUUAAUUUAGCCUAUUUUGUUAGUAAUUCCGUUUAUUUUCCAAACAGAGUAAUUGCCUGGUGGGGAACCAUGGCUGCUCAGGGCCAAAUCACAGGGCGGCUUUCUUUCUGCCCGCUAUGUCUGGCUAUCCACAUUCAUUGAUUAGAGGAUUUCUGUAGAUCCUGUGCACUCCCUAGCUCUCUCUUUCUUUCUCUCCUUCCUUGGCUUGUUUGGAUAUUCAGUAGAUGGCUAGAUGAACACAGAAUAUUCUCAUAUCUUUAUCAACAAUUUGUAUUACAUACCAUAGUAGAUGAGGCAAUGCCGAGCUAAGCACUUUAAAACCAAGUGAAAUGCAGGCUAUUAAGAUGCUUACAAUCUUUAGUAAGUUGAUAUUCCAAUUGAAAUGCAAUUUUACUCAUGUUAAAAUGUUGUAAGUACGCAGGUAUGCUUGAUAAUAGGAGUAAUUGUGCUUUGUGCCAUGUUCAGCUUUUACUCAGAUAGAAUUAUAUGUAUGUAAGUUACGAUAAAGAUAAGCCAAGUUAAAUGAAAUGAUUCAUUGAAGUAUGGAAAAAAUAUCCUUAAAUCAUAAAUCAAGUCAAUUGAUAGGUUAAAUACAGUAAUUAAUGGAUAAUCAUGUCGCUAAAUCAACGUUGUAUUUUGAGUUGAAAAGAGCAUGAAUGAAGGAGAACUCCUUUGACAGGCCCAUUGAUGCAGGCCGUAAGUGCUCCAACACAGCUGUGUGGUGUCUCUCCCUGUCUGUUGGUGCACAAAGCACCUCUGAACCGUCUACUUCCCGCUGGAACAACUGCCCCCUCUGUUACACUGAUGCAGGGCAUGCCGCAACUGUUUAGACCGGUGGUUUUGUCUUUAAAAAGGGCUACAUAAUCAUUUCCUCUAGGAACUGUGUUGUGGGGUAGGAUGAGGAUAUGACAAAUUAUGAAGGGGCCCUUUCUCAGUGUGUUGGCUUUACUUGGUGGUCAGCAUUAAGUUGCUGUAUGCUUUAGCAUUCUUUUACGUCUGCUCUUUCAGAUCCAUCUGUCAUCCUGUCAACAUUGCUUAAAACAAUAACUUAUAUCAGCACUAACAUGUUGCAUAAAGAUAUUGAGUAAUAGUGAGUGCCACUAAUUGAGUAAUAGUGAGUGCCACUAAUUGAGUAAUAGUGAGUGCCACUAAUUUCACAAAUGUUUCUGUCAGUAUCAAACUAUUCCAGUACUUCGGUGGAUUUUUAAAUAAGGUCGAUUUUAAAAUUGUAGGCCCACCUGCUUUACACUCAAACACUAGUUAAGACGGAUGAGUGUAGAAAUCCAUGGUCUUGCUCAGUGUUUCAUCUAUGUGCCUUUUCAUCUAUUUCCCUUUAGAUGACAGACCUGCACCUGUCAAUGCUGCAGUCAGCUCUCUGGUGAAGGAAAGAAGACCUCAGAGUACAAAGCCCGUCUGGUGUCCCAAUUGCACUACACAGGGUUGGGGAGUAAUGAACUACAUGUGGUUCAACUAGUAAUUUAAUUACAUUUUGCAGUAGCUUGGUGGU